AUGGAGAGCACUCGUGCUGCCCAAGUUGGCAUACAUUCCUUGCCGAUUGAACUAUUAACGAUUAUUGUCCAAAUGGGAGAGAUAAAAUAUUCCUUAAAGUCUCUAUCGCAAGUCAACAAGGCCUUCCGUCAACUCUGUGCACCUUUAUUAUUUAACACCCUUCGAAUCACAUCUUCCACUGCAGGUCUGAGUUAUCUGACCCAAGCAUCACAGUCCCCGAUCAGAUCACUUGUGAAAACGAUUCGCUAUGAGGUUUCUGAACUCAUUGAUCCACUCACCCAGAAUUGGGACACCUUCCGCGCCUGUAUCUAUCCUGUCUCUGAAUAUACCCGGGAUCGAAAAGAGCGCUGGUCGACAUUAGGGGGCCGUGAUGUCUCGUACUCGACGGUAUACUCCUACUUCUGCACCCGAUCACAAGAACAGCAUGCUAUCAUUCGAUCUGACCAUGACACGACGGUACUCUGUGCAUCGCUUCCUUCUUUCCCGCAUCUUAAUACGAUUCUGCUUCGAUUUUCAAGCAACAUUAAACAACCCUUUCGCUGGCUGGCAGACCGAGUGCUGCUGGAUGGCCAAGUAUCCUUUCCAGAUCAUGUAAGGAAAGUGGCCACAGCAAUAAAGUCAGCUAAGGAAUCCGGCAUUUCUAUUCAAAUAUUUAUAAUAUCUGGAUUCUAUCCUCGAUUUCUCCCAGAAAAGCUACACGAGCCGAAUCUAUUGAAAGAUGCUCUCACUGAUAUUCAAGAACUACGGGUGGAAGAUAGCCCCUCCCUCCUGGGGUUCUUUGCCCGUAGCCCACUACCAAGUCUUCGGCGGUUUGAGUUAGGCAGCUACUGGAUGUCUGUCGCAGAACUUAAAGAGUUUGUCUACGCUCAUGCCAAUACACUUAGAUAUCUUCACCUGCAAGAUAUCUGGCUGCUGCGAGAGAAAGGUGAAGAGGGUUAUAUUGACCUAUCACUAGCGACUACGGAAACGAUUCUUGAGAGCAUAAGGGAUAUUCGGCGCUCAAAUAUUCUCCAAGAGCUUACCAUGAAUAGACAGAUCAAUGGGAUUUGCGAGAUACGGGAGCUAUUAAGGUAA